AAAGUGCCAGGUGGUGAGGUUUUAAUGAAGGUUUUCACAAAUCUUUGGAAAUACUGUACUUGAAAUAAACAGCACUUCUCUUGCUUCAAAAGAAAAUAUUAUAUACGAAUUAAAGACUAGUCUUAUGCUGAGCUCUUAUACUUAAAAACACUGCUUUAAAAUAAGACUGUUUUAUGUUUUCUUUUGCUUAUUUGAAGCAUCAAAUGAUUCAGUACAACUAUGUUUGCUUGCAAAGCACAUCUUCCUUAUUAAUAAUAGGCUGUUCAGGUGUAAACCUGAGGGUACUUAACAUCGUCUUUUUAUUAAAAACAAUACAUAGUAUUAGAUGUUAAACAAAAAGAGCAUUAACAUUCCAGCAAACUGUUACUUUGUCUUGAAAGCAGUAUUACUGGAAGAAUGCUACUGUGAAUGAACAUAAUGUGGGAUAACUAGCAUAUAAUUUAGAAAAACAAACUGUAUAUGAAUGCAUUCAGUAUACUGUUCUUCAAAUUUGUAGACUCUUAUGCUCCUUUGCAUUUAAACUAAAACUGAUUAAAAGCGGCAUAUCAUUCAUUCAGUUACACAUCUACUAUUUGUAUGUAUUCUGGUAAGGUGAUAUAGGAUAUAAAUAACUGUAAAGCCACAGAUGUUCCUUAAGUCCCAUUUGGGGUAGCAUUGCACACAUAUAUGAACAUUGUUCAGUCACAUUUAGGGCAAAUAUAGUUUCUCUCAAAAGCAGGCUGCUCAGAAAAGUUGUUAAACUUGGAAGUUUGCCAUCAGUCUUUCAGUCACAUGACGCUGUGCAGAAAGCUGUCACUGUCAACAGUUUUAUAAUAUUAAACAGCUGAUGGUACACUAUUAUAAAAACAAUGAAUGGUUCAGAUGUAGAACAUGAAUGGCUAAAAGAUGCAUCCAAUAUCCUAAGUCUUAAAUUGAGGUUUUGGAAAAUAAGAGAAAUAAUCAUUUAUUUUAUUCUCAGUCUUAACUAUCCCCAAGGAGGGUAAGAGCAGAUGUCUAGUCCAGCUGGAUAUGUGGCCUUUGAAAGGAAAUUAAAAUGCUCUCUAUCCCAAAAACCCCUGCAGAUUACAGCUGUACCCCAGACCUGAUAAAAAUAAUUCCUCAUACUGAGAUGAAUCUAAACUCUUCUCAAAUCUAUUUGGUGUUUGGCUGACACAAUAACCCAGGUUAAUGAAUUCCAUAGAUUAACUAAAUCCUUGACAAAGAAGUACUUUUUAAAUCAUGGUACCUAGUACUUUUACAAAUGACUAUGCCCUCCUUGUCCCCUCCCCUCAAAAAACAAGUGUAGAUAAUGUAGGGGAAUGAGUAGUAUCAUUUUUCAUAAUGUUGAAGUUAUUUGUUUUCAUUCACAUUAACCAUCAGGAAACACACACUGUUAAUUUUCUGUCUAAAGUAUAGGUAGGAUCCAACUAACUCCUUUUCACAAAUUUCUCAAGCACCAUUUUGAGCCCAAUAUACUUCUAGGCACUGAGAAUACAUAAGUAAGAACAAUCUUGCUGUUAAUGGAGCUGACAGUUCUGGGGAAAAGACAGACAGGGUGCUCUGUAGUAAAAAGAGUGAUUUGUUAGUGAUUGGGUGACCACAAUAAGGGUAGGUGUCUGAGGUGACAUUUAAGCUGAGAUUUCAAUGACAAGAGAUCCAGCCAAAUAACCAUCAGUGAGAAACAGCAUUCCAAGAAGUGGGGAAAGCUGAGACAAAGACUAAAACUGGAACAAGCUGCUAGUCCCCAAGAUACUGUAAUAACUGCCCAGGAGGUUGAAACCUUGCAAUGCUGGCAUAAUUAGUGCCCCUUUUCAUUCUCAAGUGUCCUGACCUACCUAUGGGAGAGUCUGUCAAGCAUUUGUGAUAAUUCUUAUCAACUCUAUUCAAACAUAAAGGUUAAAAUAUAGUAAGUUCAUGCUAGUUUGAAAAUAUCAUCAAUAAACACCUAGCACAGAGUCAUAGAUAAAAUAACAUGGACAAAGUGACAUGGAACCUAUCCACAUUUAACAACAUAUCUAAAGAAAAGCUCAUUUAAAAUCCCAAAGAGAUGCCCUCCCCUCCUUGCUACAUCAGGCACACAUGAACUCCAAUACCAAAUUGUGGUGGCCUUUAAUGAUCCCAACCAAAAACUGUAUACCAGAAUUAGAUAUACAGGUAGGAUCAAGUUUGGGGAGGGCAGUGGCUAGGAUCCUUCAAAGUAAAGCUCCUGGAGUACAUUAGUUUGAGGACUUCAUUUUCUUUGAAGACUAGGGCUAAGUACCUCUACUUAAAAUUAGUUUUCACUAACCUUUUUUUUUUUUUGUUUUUCUCUUCCCAUUUUUUUUCUUUCCUGGCCCAUUCAAUCUAUGAUAAGGGCACACCUGAAUAAUAGUAUAAUAGUUGUUUAAAAAAUAUAUGAUUUCAAACUUCAGAGCUAAAUUUAGCCAGACCAUAAUAAACCACUGGUACGAGAUGAGAAUUGGAAGAUCUGAGAAAUAGGUUCCAAACAGCUGUACCAACUAUAGCACUUAAAGGACGGAAAGUGAGGGAAUUCCCACACCAAAACCAAUAGGAAUUUCCCUUCCCUCCUGAGGUGACAACUGAGCAAGCUAGAUCCCUAACAUUUCUAGUUAAAGAAAGCUAAAUGACAGGCCCUCUCUCACUCCACAAAACAUUUCAGGAAGAAAUUAAGACUAGCCUAAUAGCAUAAAAUUAAAUCAUCUUGGAAACUGGCUGCUUCUAACAGGGUACAUGACUUACAUGUUUCCUUUUUAAUCACAAAAAGUGUGACACAUGUAACCUAUUGCACCAGAAAGAAGCCAAUCUAUUUAGGAUUUUAAAGAUCAGGAAAUACUUCAUUUAGAAUAGCACCCGAAUGUCAGGUUGUCAUAUCCAAACAGACAAACGGAUUUUUCCCAAAAAAAUAAAUACUGCAGGACAAGGCCAGUGCUAACCAAACGCCAAAAUAAAUAAGACUAAUUAAUACUGGCCCACCCUAAUAACUUUCUCGGGCAUGCAGACCAGUAGAUAUCCACAAGGUCAGAUAUAGGCAAACCGUGCCGAAGAGGCAUGAAAUGUACUCUUUGUUCGAGACUGCACGGGGCACCAAUGGUAACAAGAGACUCCAAGUACGUUUCGGAAACUUGCUUCUUUAAUCCAUAGUUUAAGUUACGCAAGAAUUCGUUUUCUAGUGUGUGUUCAGUGGACGAGAGAAGCUGGAGGUAAGAAUCUACUACUAAAGAGACUAGGUUUGGGAAAAAUCGGAAAUGAAAAGAAGACAUAAGUCCGCUCUGAAUCAAAAGUCGGAAAACACCCAGUCGAGUGACGAGAAAAGAGACCAGAAAUGAGUGGAAUGCUAUAUUAAAUAAGCCAAAAAUCUAUUAUAACAUUUAUUUAAUACUACUUAAAUGAAGAAAGAUUUAAAAAACCCCAAAAUUCCAACUGAUAAUUAUCCUAUUCAGACAUUAGCAAAUAUGUCACUCAAUCCAAGUCGACCUUCGUCUUCAGAGUUGGUGGAACUUCAUGUUUUUUAUGUCCCUGAAGGAUCAUGGAACUAUAAAUUAAAUACCAUUUCUAUGGAAGUUGUUAACAAAUUCAUUUCAGCUGGAUUUAUAAGAGUAUCUCCUCAACUUACUUUACAAGCCCUGAGGGAGCGUCUUGGUGAGUUCCUUGGUGAAGAUGCUGUUGCAGAAAAAUUUUUAUUUCUGAAAUGCAUUGGAAAUAAUUUAGCUGUGGUGAAAGAAAAGCAAGAAUCAGAACUGAAACUCAAAUCAUUUGCUCCUCCAUAUGCUCUUCAACCAGAAUUAUAUUUGCUUCCUAUAAUGGACCAUUUAGGAAAUGUUUAUUCAGCAUCAUCAACAGUUACUUUAGAUGAGCAACAGACUAAUAAUGGUGUUACUGAGGCUGAUGGAACAAUCCACGGACCAGUUAGUGUAAUUUUGUCAAAGGAAGUACUUGGAAGAGAUCCCAGUUUGUUGGAAAACACUUUGAAACAGCAUCUUAACAAGAAUCAGGAAGCUGGGGGAAAAGCCACUCCAAAGGAAAGCAAGGCUGCAAAAAAUCAAAUGGGAAAUUCUGAGUUUCCAGGAUCAUUGCAAGAUUCAAAUAAUGACUAUUCUAACAACAAAAAAAGUCAGUUUCUUUGGAAAAAUGAAGGUGAUAUAGCUAUCAGUAGAAGACAGGACAAUCAGACAGGUGAAAAACAAUAUACCAUCCUACCAGAUCUUAUUGAUUUUCCUUCAUAUCCUUGUCAAUCUGUUCUUCCUCCGGGAAUAACUGAUAUCCCUUUAUUACAGAUGGAAAGAGAGAAGAUUAUCCAACAAAUGAAACAAGUAAAGGAAGAAAGAAGAUAUCUGGAAAGAAUUAGAGAAGAACUAAUAAAAAAAGUUGAAAAGCUAUUUGAACAAAGCAAAGUGAAGCGUUAUCAGGCCUCUGAUGGUUGGAAGAAAAAAUAUUUUGAAACAAAGAAAGUUACAGCAUCAUUGGAGGAGGUUUUAACAAAACUUCGAGAAGAUUUGGAACUUUAUUAUAAAAAAUUGCUCAUGCAGCUUGAAGCCAGGGAGAUCAAGAUGAGACCAAAGAAUCUGGCAAACAUCACAGACUCUAAGAAUUAUUUAAUAAUCCAGAUCACUGAGGUACAGCAUGCAAUUGACCAACUUAAGAGAAAACUGGAUACUGACAAAAUGAAACUCAUAAUAGAAGUUAAGAUGAGAAAACAAGCAGUUUCAGACUUACGAACAUUGAAAGCUGAACUGGCACAGAAGAAAAUUAAUACAUCUCUACGACCUCAAUUAGUUCCUGGAAGUGUGCCUAGCUAGGAGCUCAACAGAUGAUUUUGUUUAUGAUGAAUCAGCCAAAUCAAAAGGGAGCAUUGGCUGCUGCAAUACAUUCUGACCAGACCUGACUUUGUUCAUCAUAAGACAUGACAAAAAGGAAGUCACAAGCAUCUGCAAUUCCAGUAUAAUUAUAGCACCUUCUGUCUAUGUUCUUUGGAGACCAAGCUACAUCAAAGGUUACCUGUGAAGAAAAACAUAUCAGUUUAUGUAACAUAAUCAAAUAUGCAUAUUUAUGUCAGAUUUUUUUGAUUAUUUAUUUUCUUGCCUCAUAUUACCCAAGAAAAAAGAACUCCUUACAGUCAGUAUAUGAAUGUAGGGCUCAACACAUAUACAACUAGAACAGUUUUAAGAAAUAUAUUUUUGCCUAUAUUCAACUGCAGACAUAUAUUUGGACAUAUAAUGACCAGGAACAGGGCACUACAUGGAAGACGACAGGUUUUAAACACAUAAGGCUUCAGAGGCUAGGCUGACUGAAAGAAGUAUAACAACAAUAGGGUACGGUGGUGCCCCUGAGCAAGUAAAGGCACAAAAAGAAUUCAAAUAUAAAAGUUGUAAAAAAUAUUGUGCAGCCUAAAUAUGUCACCUGUUGCCACAACCUGACUGGGUUGUGAGUUUGUCUCCCUCAUUCACAUUUACAUGGUAGGUUUGGCCCAGUAUUGCAGUUAGAGAAUAAUGUUAUUUUAUAGCCCACAAGUAUAGAUUAACCAACUCAAUUUGUCAAAAAAUCAUUUAAGUGAUCUUAUUUUAUGGAAAUAUUCAAAUAAAACUUGAGUAAUAGUUUUCAUUUGAAUGGUGAGCCAGCCUUCAACAAGGGGAUGAGUCUCUAUCUGUUUAUUGCUUUAACCAAGUAUUAGCCUUAUUUUAUAGGUGUACAAAUGUUCUAAAACUUCAUUAAAGGUUUUUUUCUUAACUGGGCACCCAAUAAACACUUAUUAAUUACUUAAAAAUUGAGGUACUGUAGAUAAAGUUUUUAUACUUUGGCCAAUUUAUUCUAGCAAAACUCUUGUUCAGGACUUUCUCAAAGUUAUCUCUAUAAUUCUGAGUACUCACAUAAAAGGACACUCUGCUUUAUAAGUGCAAGCUUUCCUCAAUAGCUCUCCAACAAAAUGGGUUAUGAAGUGCAAUUUUUACAUAUUGGACCCCACUUUAUCACUGCCUCCUAUUACAAAAUGGGAGCUAUAUUAUAGUAAUAGAGAAAAUAAAUGACUACAUCUAAACAAAUAAAUUUCAAAUCCAUUUUGUAAACUCCUUACCUCCUCUCCUUCACAUUAAAAGCAUUUUCACCUGGA